AUGCCGGUAAUGAAUAAUGGGAUAGAAGCAGCUGCACUCAUGCAAGUAGAAGAGAAGAAACUAGACAUUACAGAUAUGAAGAUGCUAAGAAUGAUGUCAGGAGUGACACGGUUGGACAGAAUGAGGAACGAUUACAGCAAAGGAUCGGUGAAGAUAAUCGAAAUAUCGAGAAUAAAGAUGCAGGAGGCAAGACUGAGAUGCUUUGGACAUCCGAUGAGAAGGAACGAUGAAGAAAUAGGAAGAGAAGCGAUGGAUAUGGAGAUACCAGGGACACGGAGAAAGGGAAGGUCAAGAAUCAGAUGGAAAGAUUGUGUAAAUGCGGACAUGAGAGAGGAAGACCUUGAUCAAAGAGAUGCUAAGAAAAGAACUAUCUGGAGAAGGCAAAUAAGAAACAGCGACCCCGAAUAG